CGGUCAGGUUGAUGGAGAGAAAGGAGGGUAUAGAGCGAUAGAGGGACGUGGUGGAGAUGUAACAAACAACGGAAACAACUAUUUUAACGUUUUAUGUUUAUCUAUCGUGUAUUUAAGUUUUAUCCACUUUCUUUACUUUUCUUAACUUAUUUCACGGCCGUUUUUGUCGAUUUACGUUCCGAGUCGUGUAUCCUUGGCAACGCGAACUACUGUCCCGAGAAGUUUGGAUCAAGUGUUACACCUUCAACCGGAAAAUAAACUGGAUAUUUACCCGCCGAACUAACGGAACUGACUCCGGUGUGCAUAUGGAAGCAUUUCAAACAGUUUGGAUUCAAAUUCAACGUAUUUGAUUUUAAACCCAGUGUUUUGGGAAACAGGACAGCGCGAGACAAUAGUGGCGAGAGAGGGAGCUCGUGCAGGGGGGAAUCGAUGCCUCGCGGGGGCUUUGUUCUACCGCGAGCCUUCUGCUGAGACCGACUGAUGGCCGCUGGAUUUAUGAAUAUUUACUGAUUAAUUAACGGAGUGAAAAGCCUUUGGAACAACAUGGACGUGACUCUGUCCGAGUUACUGUCCACUUUCAUGCAGUCUCCGCUGGUGGUGUGGGUGCGGACGCUGGGCCCUCUGGGUUCCUGUGAAGACGCGGGCUCAGAGGAGCAGGUGAACAUGUUCAUGGAGCUGGUGGACGGCGUCUUCCUGCACAAGAUCAUGACACACAUUGACCCCAGCCCCACCAAUCAGAGACUGACCAAGAAUGUGAACAAUGACGUGUCGCUCCGCCUCUACAACCUGACCGUUCUCACCAGACACAUCAGGACGUACUACCAGGAGACCUUACAGCAGUUAGUCCUCAUGCCCCUUCCCAACAUCCUCUCCAUCGCCAAGGAUCCAAUAUCAGUUAAGAGCAUGGAGGAGCUGAAAAGUCUUCUGUUGCUGGUACUAGGCUGUGCUGUCCAGUGUGAGCGUAAGGAGGAGAUGAUAGAGAAGAUCAAGCUGCUGGACUUUGACACUCAGGCUGCGAUUGUCUCUCACAUCCAGGAGGUGACACACAACCAGCUGAACGUCCUGGACCUCUCCUGGCUGGAUGAAGGGCCAGAGCUCGGUCAGGAGGAGCUGGAGCCUCUGUCCCGCAACAUGGCUGCGUCGCUACAGCAACUGAUCGACCAGAGAGACAAAGAUAGUGAGGUGAUCGUGGAUCUGACCCAGGAGAGGGACUACCUGUCCAGCCAGCAGCCCCAGGAGGGCUGCAGGAACCUGGGCAUGAACAGCCCGGAGCGGGGGCAGGGCUCUGGAGGAGGGGGGAUGAGUAACGGGGGAUCGUCUGUCAAUACGUCUGGCCUGACCAAAGAGGAGAAGCAGCAUCUGUCUGUGGAGCUCGCUGACACCAAAUCCAAGCUCCGCAGAUACAGACAAGAACUGGAGGAGAAGACAGAGCAGCUGAUGGACUCUAAACAUGAAGUGGAGCGACUCGAUCAGGAGUUGCAGAGACAGAAACAAGAGAACCAGUCUCUGUCCUGUGAGGCCCGGUCAGUCAGAGCGUACCGGGACGAGGUGGACUCUCUGAGGGAGAGAGCAGCCCGGGUGGACCGACUGGAGACUGAGCUGACCCGCUGUAAAGAGAAACUCAACGAUGUUCACUUCUACAAGACCAGGAUGGAGGAGCUUCGCGAGGACAACGAGACGCUCAUCGAGACCAAGGUGCUGUUGGAAGAGCAGCUGUCAGCAUCCAGGGGGCGCUGUGACAAACUGCACACACUGGAGAAAGACAACCUGUUACUACGAGCUAAACUAAACGACUUGGAAAUGGAGCGGGACAAUGAGCGUCGGAGGAUGGAGGAGCUGGUGGAGGAGAACAUGCUGCUGGAGAUCGGACAGAAACAGAGUAUGAACGAGUCGGCUCAUCUGGGCUGGGAGCUGGAGCAGCUGUCCAAGAACCAUGACAACACUAACACAGAGACUCGUAAGUCCUUGGUCCACGAGCUGAACGAGUGUGUUUCCAGUCGGGUGUUGAAGCUGGAGAAGGAGAACCGGGAGCUUCAGACCUCUGUAGAGAGACUGAAGGAGGAGAACCACCUCCUGCAGGAGCAGCAGCUCCACACCCAGGAGCUGGGCCGGGAGAACCAAGGCUUCAGCAA